ACCGAGAUAAUAUUAGGAAGAUGAUGAAGUACAACCUAGAUGACUUAUUUCAAGAUCCACACAUUUUUGAGUGGUAAGAUGUCUAGUCCAGCCCAGGAAGUUAAAUUUUAGCAAACACUUACAGAAUUUCCUAAUACGACUUCUAGGCCUCCAUUAGUAUAUGAAGAACUCCAGAACGAUGGCUGGAAUUAUCUCACAGAAGCAGUUGUUGGGUCUAGAUAUGAAGCUAUUGGACCCUUCUUCAAGAACAGGAAAAUCAAGUAAAUACUGAUCUAACCCAGUAGGUUUCAGAAACAACUAUCUCUCUUAAAAUAACCAAAGAAGAGAAGGACUUCUUCUGAACCAAUAUCAUAGCAAGAAAAGGGUUGUGUUUGAAGAAGAUGUGAAGAAGGCAAUAGAAACUCCUUUAAAGUCUUCCGGAAGAAGGAACAAGAGCCGUAGGUUCAACCCUGCUUCUCUUGAAACAGCAAAGGUUAGACGGGAAAGAUUCUCCAUCACAGCUCUCAGGAAGGAAUUUGCGAAGAAAGCAGAGAUCACUAAAAAGUAUCAUAGUAGCAAAAACAAAGGAUUUGCCUCUCCAAAGAAAGUUAGAAGUACAGAAAGAAAAGGCAUCUCUCAAAGAAUCAGCACACAUGAGUAUUAUCCGAGUGUCGACAGAGAAAGUUCUGUUCAAAAUAACAAAAAAGCCAGCCAGCUCAAAAGCUAUUCAUUUUCAGAGAAAAAGAAGCUCAAUAAUGAUAUAAUAGAUUAUAAUUUCAGUAAGAUGUGUUUAUCUGUGAAAGUUUUACCAUUAUAAAUAGCCAAUCAGAUGAGAUCAGCUUUGAAGAACUCUUUCGCUACCUCUCCAGAUCAGAAAUCCCUGAGGUCUUUUAAGAAAAUCCAUAAAACUCCAAAGUUCAAAUUUCUGACGAAUUCUGGAAUAAAGGCACACAAGAAGGCUUUCAUGAAGAGUUUGAAGAAGAUAACAUCAGAGAAAUCACGUAGUUUUAUGAAUUUUGGGACUCUUCAACGCUCAGAGAAGUUGGGCAAGCCUAAACCAGACUCCAUGACAGUUUAUGGAUGCUAUUCGAAGCAGAGCAAAGAAGGCACCUAUACUCGAAAUUCCCCGAUGUUAGUGAAGGAGCCCUCAGGUACUACAUUAGCAGACACUGUCUCUCCACUAACUGCACAUAAAAGAUUUACUAGGAACAACAUUCGGUUCAAGAAAAUGAUAAAAUAAGUUGCUUUACAUUGAAAAAUCUCAAUUUAA